GUUCGCUCUUCGUGCGCUCCGCUGAAACAGCAGUCAGUCAGUCAGUCGCCUUCCGUGGGCAACAGAUCCCGAGAGCAAGGGCGGUCUUCUCAGCUGCUCUGGCGGGUUGUCGUGUGGUGCACACUUCAGGAGGGCCGAGGCCAGUCGCCGCGCUUCACUCCCUCUCCCUCUCCCGCAUCGGCCAUGGACGAUCUCCUCAACUCCUUCUGCACCCGCAUCAACGAGCUCAAGCAGCUCUCGCUGCUGCGGACACCCGAGCCCCUGGUGCCCACCGGCUCGAUCCGCAGCUCCCAGACACAGCUCUCGCUCCUGAUGGCCGAGCUCGAGAAGAACAUCGAGGCCACCUUCGUGCUCCUCACCGAGGAGAAGCGCCUGCUUCAGACCGAGGGCCUCAGGAUGCUCCAGGAGCUUGACGAUCAGAAUCUGGUUUUGGAACACAUGCUCGCAAACAUGCCCCGACACCUGCCGGCGGCUCCGGCGGCUCCCACGAUCUCGGCCCGGUCAACCCUGCCCAGGAUGGCUUCGGCACCGCAGCUUCGUUUUGCCAUCGACCACAUGGGUCCCUCUGGAACCAGCUCUGGCCAGGACGAACCCACUUCACCCGACCAGGACAAAGCAUCAUCCGCCCAAGCGGUGAAAAAAACCAGCAAGGGCCCGCCGCAGCUACCGCCGAUCACCGUUGCCGAGUUCCAGGGAAUACCGAAAUACGUCGUGAAUCGGUUUACCCGCGACAAGCUCAACGAUGCCAUCACUGAAUUCAAUAAGGCCAUCAUCGAAAAGCAGACCAUGGUGCGCCUUCCGCAGGGGCAAAUGACAAAGGAGCAGCGAGACCGAUUCUGGGAGCACAAACAGCUGGUGACCGAGGAGCUCAAGGGCAAGGUGUUCCUGACCGAGAAGGAUCUGCGUGAGAACUGGUCGGGGUGCGGGUUCCGGCUCGAUCCGUUGGGCCGGAGUCUGCUGGCCAGCCUGCGACACUUGGGCUACGUCAAGGAGGUCCGCGGUGGAGGGCACACCCGCUAUGUGGUGCUGAUCUGAAUCGCGGGUUAGUAUCGCCGACUGCUCCACCGCUAAUCGAUCCCAAGGACGUGUUUGGCUGUAUCGUCAGAGCUCAAUAUAGAGUGCUUGGAAGAAG